AUGCGCACUCGCUCGACAGCUCCCGCGGAGCAGCCUACCCCCGAUUCAGAACCAGAACAACUUCUCCCUUCGCCCCCGACAGCCGAGCGACCCAGCAAGACCUUUAUCCUCCCUUCAGCAGCCACCGACAAUGCGCGGCUCCUCCGACUUCCCAACCCGAGAACAGGCGAACUGACCCGGUACCUUUUCUGUCCGAAACUCGGGAUCCACGAAUUCACGGCCGUCGCCGCUCCCUCGCACGUUCCGCGCAGUAUCCUAUUCUCCCACAGCCCAGAGAAACAUGUCGCGCCCACAAGGGGGAGUAUCUCGAAGGCGGCGCAAUUACUCGUCGCCACCCCGAUCGAUGCGAUGUUCUUCAUGAUACCCAUUCUAUCGACUUCUUCCAAGGGUCUCUUCCAGCCCCUGGAUGACAUCCUGGACUCGCAGGACGAGCUCCCCAAGCACAUGCGCCAUGCGCUUUUCGACGAAACGUUCGAGCCGACGUUGCAGGCGCGCGCGGAAGCUGUUUGCGAUUUCGUGGAGGCAGGCGAUCAGAAGAUGUUCCGGUUCAAUGAGAAGAAGCUUCUCGGAGAAUUGAUCGCCAAGGCCGAGCGCAUGGUCGCGCAAGGUCUGCCAAAGAGUCUGGAGGAGCGGUUCGUUCGUCAGGCACUAGCGACUCCGCUGAUGGCUGUGAAGCGCGAGAAUCCGGUGGCCAAGGGAGUCUCGUCGGAAAACAAGGAAAACGAGGCAGGGGAGGAUGACGACUCCGAACAACAGAGGGAGACCCCGUCGACGACCAACUCAAACUCGAGUUCGAAUCCAGUCUCGGAUGAAUCGACCCCGGCCACGGAGUCGCCGCCUGACGAGCCGACGACACCAGAAGAUGUAACUCAUCUCCUGCGGAUAUCCACGGCGCUGGCUUUCAUGAAAGAAUCCUACCUUUCUCCUGCCCUGUGCGCCAAGAUCGACGAACUGCUCGCCAGCCCAGACACCCCGAUUGAUUUCAAGCCCUUAACCGACCACCUGAAGCAUAUCGCCGAUCUUCGCGCCGAGGCAUUAGCGUCCCGAUCCCUGGGUGACUUCAGCCGUAAACGCACCGCCGAGGACGAUGAUGCUGCCGAGAUUCGCGCAGAAAAGAAACGCCGUAAGGAAGAAGAGGAGAAGAAGAAGAAAGCGGGAGAGUCUCGGGGAGUCAAGGACCUGAAGAAAGUCAAUACUACAGGGAUGAAGAAGAUGAGUGACUUUUUCACCAAGGCUGCUGCCAAGAAGAAGUCUUAG